CAGAAAUAUGGAGGUGUUAUCAUUUUUGUUGCCUGUUUGGGAAGAGCUGCGAAGAAGCAAACUCUUCACUAAUUACUUCAUUUCUCUCCUUUUACUUCUCUUGCUUUCUCUUCGAUUCGCAUUUUUUCUCGCUAGACCACAAACCAAACUCAAAUUACCUCCAUCCCCACCAAAGCUACCCAUCAUUGGAAACCUUCACCAGUUAGAAGCACUCUCUCAGAAAUAUGGUCCUCUAAUGCUCUUAAACUUGGGCUACACUCGAACCCUCGUGGUUUCUUCUGCAGAUAUGGCUAAAGAAAUAACCAAGAUCCAAGAUAUCGUUUUCUCCAAUCGGCCCAAAUCCAUGGCUGCAGAUAUUUUCUUUUAUGGAUGUUUGGACGUUAUUUUUUCACCAUACAAUGAGUACUGGAGGCAAGCUAGGAAAAUAUGUGUUCUCGAACUUUUGAGCUUGGAAAGAGUGCAAUCAUUCAGAUUUAUCAGCGAAGAAGAAACUGCAGGAUUAAUUCGAGAGUUCUGCAAUGCGAGCUCAAAUCGGUUUACAGUGAACUUAAGCCAGAUGAUGAUUGCAACUUCAAAUAACGUAAUUUCGAGAUGUAUUCUUGGGCAGAAAUGCCAAGAAGACGAAACUAGAAGCGCGUUUGUAGAGCUCUCCAAAAGGGUUAUGAUCCAGUUUACAUCUUUCAAAUUUGGAGAUCACUUCCCUUAUUUGAGGUGGAUGGAUGUAGUUACUGGCUUGGUUUCAAGCCUCGAGGCAACUUUCAGAGAAUUAGACCUUUUUCUUGAAAAGGUAAUUGAAGAACAUAAGGCUGCUUUGAGUGAUAAGGAUGAAAAAUCCUCUGAUCACAAGGAAGUGGAUAUUCUCCUCCAGCUUCAAAAAGAUGGCGUUCCUAAGAAGGAACUUACUAAUGUCAACAUCAAAGCCAUUUUGAUGGUAUGUUUCUUCGGGGUGUUACAUACAGACUCAGUUACAAUGGAAUGGGCAAUGGCAGAGCUUAUGAGAAAUGAAAGUAUGAUGAAGAAAGCGCAAGAAGAGGUAAGAAGGGUGGUAGGGGAAAAAUCAAACAUAGAUGUGAAUGAUAUUAAUGAAAUGGAUCAUUUAAAAUGUGUGAUCAAAGAAACUCUAAGGCUACAUCCAGCUGGUGCGCUGACUUUUAGAGAAACAUCAGAAAGUGUGAAAUUGGGUGGCUAUGAUAUUCUUCCUAAAACCAGAGUUAUUUUCAAUACAUGGGCAAUCCAAAAGGAUCCUAAUUUUUGGGAUAGACCAGAAGAGUUUGUCCCUGAGAGAUGAGAACAACAAGUUGAUUUCAAAGGCCACGAUUUUCAAUUCGUUCCAUUGAGAGUUGGAAGAAGAGGAUGUCCGGGUUUGACAUUUGCAGUGUUCCUGAUUGAGUAUGUGAUGAUGGCCAAUCUUUUAUAUCGGCUUGAUUGGAAGCUGCCUUGUGAGAAUAAUGGAAUGCCAAAGAACUUGGACAUGAAUGAAUCUGCAGGGCUCACUAUGCAUAUGAAAAACCCUCUUGUUGUAGAACCAAUACCAAUUAACUAA